AUGAAACUUUUGGGUGGCUAUUACGGAAUGUUUACUCCGCGUGACAAAAUCGAACAAACAAUGCCCAGAUUAGGUUUGUACAUGGAACUUUGUGGUCUGGCAUUCGAUCAGUCGGAGCCGAACAACAACGAGACUCCGAAUUCCCGUUCGCUACCCAACCCCACGACAGCAGUUGAAGAUGCGCCGUUCUCACUACCGGAUGCCGUCUGUCCUCCUACCUGUUGGCCCUUGGUUGGCGAGGAUUACGGCGCAGAUGUAAGCAAUCCAGACUCCAACGAAGUGUCUAGCAGUCAGGUAUUGACAGGUUUUUUGCAAGAUCUGGGUCCAAAUGUAAUGCCUGAAUUGGCCGAUCUAGGUGCCGACCCCAUAGGCCCGGAGGCCGAUGUGGAUGAUUUCUUCAAGCCUCAUCUGGUGGAUCGUCGUCCAGAGAGCACUCCGGCAGCGAGCUUAUCACAACCAACAUCAUCGAUGCUACGAACUCCACCAUUAAGCUCAAUCGCAGAUACGCCCACCAAAGGUCUCGGUGCAUUACUGGCAUCACCGACUGGUGUUGCAACAAUGUUACAAGCUACAUUGGGGCAUACGGCGUUACUGCCGACGAUCAAUGGAUGCAAUAUGAGCUUGGAAAGCCCGUGUAAACAGUCGAGUACAAGGCAAUCUAUUCGAGAAAAGCACAACUCUACCUCGGUCCUGGAUGAUUCAGUCACUUCCUGUAUCACGCGACCCGCCAACCCGGCAUCAGCACCGCCUAUGAUUUCCGAAUUUCUCACGGCUCCGUUGAUU